AUGUCUCUAGUAGGGAACUUCACCAGCAAUUACGACCAUAGCGUUGAGGCACGCGGUGCGGGAGAUCGAGCUUUCUACCGUAGAGACUCGCAUGUUGAAGUGGAGGAAACGUAUCAUCCCUUUCAGAGACGAUCGCGCGAAGAUCACCACCACAACAUGCACGCCUCACAUCACAAUCACCAAUUGUCUUCCGAGUCCGGAGAAGUCGAGAAGAAAUCCGAAAUCUCCAGCAGUUCAGCAGAGGACGAAGGUGCCGAGCAGGUGAAAGAACUCGCCCGACAAUUUAGUCGCAGUUCCACCUUUUCCAAUGUCGAGGGCACCAACCCUUUCCGUGUCGAACCCGGUUCUACAUUGGAUCCGACCUCGGACAACUUUAAGCCACGCGCCUGGAUCAAGGCCUUGUUCAAUGUACAGAAAACGGACGAUCGAUUCUUGGCCAGGAGCGCCGGUGUCGCCUUCCGCAACCUCAGCGCCCAUGGCUUCGGCGCCUCGACCGAUUAUCAAAAAUCCGUCGGCAAUGUCAUCUUUCAAGUGGUGGGCAUAGCUCGGAAGCUGCUCAACGUGGGCCAACGCAGAAUCGAUAUCCUACAAAACUUCGAUGGUCUCGUGAAAGCCGGCGAAAUGUUGGUCGUGCUGGGACCUCCGGGUUCAGGCUGUUCCACCUUCCUCAAAACCAUUGCAGGCGAAACCCAUGGAUUCGUUGUGGACGAAGGAUCAUACAUCAACUACCAAGGCAUCAGCUUUGAGGAGAUGCACAAGCACUUCCGUGGUGAGGCGAUUUACACCGCCGAACAAGACGUCCAUUUCCCCCAGAUGACCGUUGGUGAUACACUUUAUUUUGCCGCUCGCGCCCGAGCUCCUCGACACGCACCCGGAGGCGUGAGCCGGAAGGAAUAUGCUACUCAUAUGCGGGAUGUGAUCAUGGCCACCUACGGCAUCCGCCACACGUUCAACACACGUGUUGGUAAUGACUACAUUCGAGGAGUCAGUGGUGGUGAGAGGAAGCGUGUCAGUAUUGCCGAGGCCGCCUUAAACAUGUCCCCGCUCCAAUGCUGGGAUAACAGUACUCGUGGUUUGGACAGCGCCAACGCGAUCGAAUUCUGUAAGAGUUUGCGGGUGUCUACCGAUAUCCUGAAUGCCACGGCCGCCGUCGCAAUUUACCAAGCACCUCAGAGCGCCUAUGACAUUUUUGACAAGGCGAUCGUGCUUUAUGAAGGACGGCAGAUUUACUUUGGCCACAAGGACGAGGCCAAGGGUUACUUCAUCCGCAUGGGUUUCCAUUGUCCCGAGCGUCAAACCACCGCCGACUUCCUAACCUCCAUGACCAACCCUGCCGAACGAAUUGUGCGUGAAGGAUUCGAGAACAGGGUACCUCGUACUGCAGACGAGUUCGCAAAAGCCUGGAAAGAAAGCCCCGAGCGUGCUCAAUUGCUCAAAGACAUUGAAGAGUUCGACAGGGAACAUCCCAUUGGUGGUCCGGAUCUGGAGAGGUUCAAGGAAUCCAGGAGACUUCAACAGUCGAAGAGGCAACGAGUUACAUCACCUUACACUCUCUCGUAUGGUGAACAGGUCAACCUUUGCCUUUGGCGUGGGUUCCGCCGUUUGGCGGCCGACCCCAGUCUCACAUUGACUCAGCUCUUUGGCAACAACAUCAUGGCCUUGAUCAUCGGUUCCAUCUUCUACAAUCUCCCGGCCGAUACUAACUCCUUCUAUUCUCGUGGCGCCUUGCUCUUCUUCGCCAUCCUGAUGAACGCCUUUGGUUCUGCUCUGGAAAUCUUGACUCUUUACGCUCAACGUCCUAUUGUCGAAAAACAUGCACGCUACGCUCUAUACCAUCCUUCGGCCGAAGCCUUCGCGUCGAUGUUGACCGACAUGCCAUAUAAGAUUUGCAACACGAUCUUGUUCAACAUUACUCUUUACUUCAUGACCAACCUGAGGAGAGAGCCUGGGCCUUUCUUUUUCUUCCUAUUGAUAUCCUUUUUCUUGACUCUGGUCAUGAGUAUGUUGUUCCGGACCAUUGCGUCAGUAUCUCGAACGCUGAGUCAAGCUCUUGCUCCCGCUGCUAUUCUCAUAUUGGCCAUUGUUAUCUACACUGGGUUCGCCAUCCCUGUUAACUACAUGCUUGGCUGGGCGCGUUGGAUCAACUAUCUUGACCCUGUCGCAUACGGAUUUGAAGCACUUAUGAUCAACGAAUUCCAUAACCGGAGCUUCAGAUGCUCCAGUUUUGUUCCCACUGGCCCGGGCUACGAAAACGUUUCAGGUUUGAACAGAGUGUGCACGACAGUUGGCUCGCGGCCUGGUCUACCAUAUGUCAAUGGUGAUGACUAUAUCAACAGCAAUUUCAAGUACUACGCAUCGCAUCGUUGGCGAAACUAUGGCAUCCUGCUUGCUUUCCUGGCAGGAUUCACAACGACUUAUUUGGUGGCCGCAGAGUUCGUCUCGGCCAAGAAGUCAAAGGGUGAAGUAUUGGUUUUCAGACGUGGUUACAAGCCAGCGGCAUUCAAGGAAAAGAAUCUCCGGGAUGCAGAGGCCGGCGGUGCGCGUACCGUGGCAGCACAGAAAGACCCCAACGAGCUCCACCCAAUUUCCAGCAUCAUUCAGAAACAAACUGCCAUCUUCCAGUGGAAAGACGUCUGCUACGAUAUCAAAGUCAAAGGCGGUCAGCGCCGACUUCUAGACCAUGUGGAUGGUUGGGUUAAGCCAGGUACUCUCACAGCGCUUAUGGGAGUUUCCGGAGCUGGAAAAACGACACUGCUCGAUGUACUUGCCACACGUGUUACCAUGGGUGUGAUUACUGGAGAAAUGCUGGUUGAUGGCCGACAGCGAGAUGAAUCGUUCCAGCGCAAGACGGGUUAUGUCCAACAGCAAGAUCUGCAUUUGGAGACGUCGACGGUCAGAGAAGCGUUGAACUUUAGCGCCCUGCUCCGACAACCAGCACACAUUCCUCGGGCCGAGAAAUUGGCAUAUGUUACCGAAAUCAUCAAACUUCUCGAAAUGACCGAGUACGCCGAUGCCGUGGUUGGUGUUCCUGGUGAAGGUCUCAACGUUGAACAGCGUAAGCGUCUUACUAUUGGUGUCGAGUUGGCCGCAAAGCCUCAGUUGUUGCUGUUCUUGGACGAACCUACUUCCGGCCUUGACUCGCAAACUUCGUGGUCCAUUCUCGAUCUUUUGGAAAAACUCCAAAAGAAUGGCCAGGCUAUUCUUUGCACCAUCCAUCAGCCAUCUGCUGUGCUUUUCCAACGCUUUGAUCGACUCCUCUUCCUGGCAUCCGGAGGCAGGACUGUCUACUUCGGUGAGAUUGGCGAGUCAUCCAAGACUUUGACAAGCUAUUUUGAACGAAACGGUGCUCAUAAAUGUCCUCCGGAUGCCAACCCUGCAGAAUGGAUGUUAGAGGUCAUCGGUGCGGCACCAGGCUCACAUACUGAUAUCGACUGGGUCGAAACAUGGCGCAACUCCCCCGAGUUCAGAGAAGUACGUGCGGAACUGGAGCAUUUGAAGCACGAGCGAUCCAGAUUGGCCCCGGUCACAUCGCACAGGGCCGACAAAGCCAGUUACCGUGAGUUUGCUGCUCCGUUCUGGGAGCAGUUAGUGGAAGUGCAGAAACGUGUCUUCCAACAAUACUGGCGCACUCCAUCUUACAUCUACAGCAAACUGUCUCUCUGCAUUGCAUCCGGUCUGUUCAUUGGUUUCUCGUUCUUCAAAGCUCGCAAUACGAUGCAGGGUCUCCAGAAUCAGAUGUUUGGCAUUUUCAUGUUGAUGACCAUCUUCGGCCAGCUCGUCCAGCAAAUCAUGCCGCUCUUCGUCACUCAACGAUCACUCUACGAAGUGCGCGAACGACCGAGCAAAACGUACUCCUGGAAAGCGUUCAUGAUGAGUAACAUCAUUGUGGAAAUUCCAUGGUCGUUGCUCUGUGCAGUCUUGAUUUUCGUGACAUGGUACUACCCGAUCGGUCUUUACAACAACGCGGAGCCAACCAACGCGGUCCACGAACGCGGAGCCCUGAUGUUCUUGUAUAUCGUGGCGUUCUUGCUGUUCACUUCGACAUUCGCCCACAUGACGAUCGCGGGUAUCGAGGACGCUGAGACAGGUGGUAACAUUGCCAACCUGGCCUUCUCUCUGACGCUGGUCUUCUGUGGUGUCCUCGUGGGACCUAAAGCUUUGCCUGGAUUCUGGAUCUUCAUGUACCGCGUCAGCCCUUUCACCUAUCUGAUCGAUGGCAUGCUCAGUACCGCCGUGGCACACACGACCGUCACCUGUGCCAAGAACGAGUACCUCAACUUCAACCCUACCAACGGUCAGACCUGUGCCGAAUACAUGCAACCCUACAUCGACACACUCGGAGGAUACCUCCUCGAGCCGGACGCCCGGACCAACUGCAGCUUCUGCCAGACUCGUAGCACCGAUACCUUUUUGGCGGGCAUCUCGGCCCAUCCGCAAUACAUGUGGCGCAACUUCGGUCUGCUGUGGCCCUAUAUCAUCUUCAACAUCUUUGCCGCCGUCUUCUUGUACUGGCUGGUCCGUGUGCCCAAGAACAAGGGACGCGGGAAGAAAGAAAUCGCCACCCCGGAGGCUAGCAAGGACGCCAGUAUUUAUGAGGCCCCGACCCAGGUGGCUAGCACCACGGAUCAACCCCAACAACAACAAGCGGUCAUGACUGAAAAGGAUGCUGUACAACAGGACAAGACGGCGUUGGCCGAUGAUUCUGCGACACCUGCGGCGCAGCAGGAGAAACCCCUGGCCGAGGAACCCAUUAGACACGAUAACAACAACAAUGUUCGGUCCGACACCAUUGGACUGGCUACUGCCGGGUCCAACAGCUACACGCAGCAACCGCAGUCGCAACUGCAACAGGAGCCAGUGGCACAUUCUACACCCGAGAGACACGACCAUGAGUUCAUCGGAGUCGCUACCACCGGGGAUGACAGCAAUGCCAACGCCCAGCAAGAGAAGACAUCGGCGUCAUCAGUGGACCCCGCGGCUGGAAAUCACACACUAUUCCACGACAUGGUGACGGUCCCGCCGCAACAACAAGCACAAGCCGGUCAAGAUGAAAAGAGAGACGGAGACGGCAUUGUUCGGUAA